CCCGGGUUCGCGGCGGCUGAACAAGAUGGCGGCGUCGGGCCUAGGCUUCGGCCCAGGGUCGUCGUCGGGGCUCCUCGGGAGCCGGGUCCUGGCCUACACCCUCCACCGCUGGAGCAGCUUCUCCUCCACCUACCUGCCAGAGAAUAUUUUAGUAGACAAGCCCAACGAUCAAUCUUCACGGUGGUCUUCAGAAAGCAACUACCCCCCACAGUAUUUGAUCUUGAAACUUGAAAGGCCGUCCGUAGUUCAGAGCAUCACAUUUGGGAAAUACGAAAAGACCCACGUCUGUAAUUUAAAAAAAUUUAAAGUCUUUGGUGGAAUGAAUGAAGAAAACAUGACUGAUCUUUUAUCAAGCGGCUUAAAGAAUGACUAUAACAAAGAAACAUUUACUCUGAAGCACAAAAUCGAUGAGCAGAUGUUCCCUUGUCGAUUUAUUAAAAUAGUUCCGCUCCUGUCCUGGGGUCCCAGCUUCAAUUUUAGCAUCUGGUAUGUUGAACUCAACGGUAUUGAUGAUCCAGAUGUGGUACAGCCCUGUCUCAAUUGGUACAGCAAGUACCGUGAACAGGAAGCCAUUCGCCUCUGCUUGAAGCACUUUCGCCAACACAACUACACGGAGGCGUUCGAGUCCCUGCAGAAGAAAACCAAGAUCGCCCUGGAACACCCCAUGCUGACCGACCUUCAUGAGAAACUGGUCCUGAAGGGAGACUUCAAUGCGUGUGAAGAGUUGAUAGAAAAAGCUGUCAACGAUGGCUUGUUCAACCAGUACAUCAGUCAGCAGGAAUACAAACCACGAUGGGGUCAGAUUAUCCCCAAAAGCACCAAAGGUGACGGUGAAGACAGCAGGCCAGGAAUGAGAGGCGGGCAUCAAAUGGUCAUUGAUGUUCAAACAGAAACAGUUUAUUUGUUUGGCGGCUGGGACGGGACGCAAGAUCUGGCGGACUUCUGGGCGUACAGCGUGAAGGAAAACCAGUGGACGUGUAUAUCCAGAGACACCGAAAAAGAGAAUGGUCCGACUGCUCGGUCCUGUCACAAGAUGUGCAUCGACAUCCAGCGAAGGCAGAUCUACACUUUGGGACGUUACCUGGAUUCCUCUGUGAGGAACAGCAAAUCUCUGAAAAGCGACUUCUAUCGCUACGACAUCGACACGAACACCUGGAUGUUGCUGAGCGAAGAUACGGCUGCUGAUGGAGGCCCCAAGCUUGUGUUCGACCAUCAGAUGUGCAUGGAUUCAGAAAAGCACAUGAUCUACACCUUCGGGGGAAGGAUUUUGACAUGCAACGGCAGCGUCGACGACAGCCGGGCCAGUGAACCACAAUUCAGCGGCCUCUUUGCUUUUGACUGUCACUGCCGGAUAUGGAAACUCUUGCGAGAAGAUUCGUGUAACGCUGGCCCCGAAGACGUCCAAUCCAGAAUAGGACACUGCAUGUUAUUCCAUUCAAAAAACCGUUGCCUGUAUAUGUUUGGCGGACAAAGGUCGAAAACAUACUUGAACGAUUUUUUCAGUUACGACGUAGACUGCGACCACGUGGAUAUCAUCUCGGAUGGCACCAAAAAGGAUUCAGGGAUGGUUCCAAUGACCGGCUUCACCCAAAGAGCUACCAUUGACCCGGAACUGAACGAGAUCCAUGUGCUGUCUGGACUGAGUAAAGACAAGGAAAAACGGGAAGAGAACGUUCGGAAUUCCUUCUGGAUUUACGACAUUGUCCGUAACAGCUGGUCCUGCGUCUACAAGAACGAUCAAGCAGCCAAAGAAAACUCGAACAAGAGCCUUCAGGAAGAAGAGCCCUGUCCCCGUUUUGCACACCAGCUUGUGUAUGAUGAAUUGCACAAGGUCCAUUAUUUAUUUGGAGGCAAUCCAGGCAAGCCCUGUUCUCCAAAGAUGAGGCUGGAUGACUUCUGGUCCUUGAAACUCUGCCGACCGUCCAAGGAAUACUUGCUUCGGCAUUGCAAGUACUUGAUAAGGAAACACAGGUUUGAAGAGAAAGCCCAGACGGAUCCUCUAAGUGCCCUGAAAUACUUGCAGAACGACUUGUUUGUCACUGUGGAUCACUCAGAUCCUGAGGAAACCAAGGAGUUCCAGCUACUCGCUUCGGCGCUUUUCAAGUCGGGCUGUGAUCUGAGCACGCUGGGCUUUUCGGACGUCGAUCACGUCUACGCCCAACGAACUCAGCUCUUCGACACGCUGGUGAAUUUCUUUCCGGACAACAUGACCCCUCCCAAGGGCAACCUGGUGGAGCUCAUCACCCUGUGACACGAGCCAAGUUGGCCCGCGGAAGGAAGAGGAUUUUUUCAGUAUUUUUAAUUUUGUGUGUGCGUGUUUGCGUGCGUGUGCUUGCGCUCGCGCAGUGAGUGAGUGAGUGGGGAACUUCAGAAAGAGGCGCGAGUUGUGUGGGGAGGGGCUUUAUGCAAACGGACGAAUAGAAAGGAAUCGAGGCGUUUCUGAUGGGAUGGAUGGAUGAUGGGUGGAGGGAUGGAUGCUCGUUCAUUUGCUCGGUUCAUUCAUUCGUUCAUUUAUCCUCAUUCACGUUGAUGCUUUGGAAGGUCGAUGAAUAUUGACAUCGGGGGCGGGGGGUGGGGGAGAGAGGAAGGAGAUUGGUGAGGGGUUUUUAUGAGUUGAUGGACGCUUGCCCUGGGUACCAAACUUUGAAGCUUUGAGGAUAGGGGGAGGUGCUUUUUUUUUUAAUUUAAAAAGAAUUGAUUGGUUCACAGCAGUUUUAUUCUCCAGACUGAUUUUACCAAUUCGAGCUUGAUUUUUCAGCCUGCUAACCUCUCCCGCAGCUGAUGCAGGCAUCCUUAAGAGUGGGGUGGUGGGUGGGAUGAGAGGUGUAGAUUCGACCCUCUUUUUUAUGUGUGAGCUGCCCUUGGAAAAGAAGAGUGAUGCAUGGGGAUCUUUCGCCAUCUAGUGGCCAUGGGAUGAAAAACAGAAGGCUCUUCGGGUGACGUUAAGACACAGGUUAACGUUGACAUUUGCCUAAACCAGGGAUGUCCAACCUUGGCCACUUUAAAAACCUGUGGACUUCCAACUCCCUCCUGGGGAUUUCUGGGAGUUGAAGUCCACAAGUCUUAAAGUGGCCACGGUUGGACACCCCUUGGCUAAAUGGUGACAUCCUACCACGUAAAUGCAUGUGGAGAAGAGGCAGUCUUUGAGCUGUUCGCUUUACCCAAAACUUCCCAUGUUAGAAAAUGAAGCCUACGCAUACCCUCCCCCAUUUACACCUAGAAAGAGUUUAGCAGCACCAAGAUUUUUUAAAUUCAGAUUACAAUGCAUGGAGUUCUAGCUCUGGGGCUGUCUGUACGUGAGCAGCUGCGCAAGUGUGUGUGUGUUAGUUGUUUGCUUUGUAACCCAUCUCACUUCCCGGAUGACUUAAUUUUCCUGGGAAAGCUGUCACAGUUAAGACUGGCGUGGUAGCAACUUGGACAACCAAGUUGAUGCACACAGAAGGCCAGAAGCUUCAUUCGGACACUCUGGUACAGGGGUUUCCAACCUUGGCAACUUUAAGACUUCUGGACUUCAACUCCCAGAAUACCUCAGCCAGCUU